AGGGAGAGCCCUGCCGGCGGCGGCGGCCCAGGCUCCGGACUCGCGGAGAGAGAGCGAGAAGUAGGAGCAGGAGGAGGAGGAGAGGAGGGAGCUGGGGAGGCGCUCUGGUCGCCGCCAGCGGGCAGCGGAGACGCGGCAUGCCCCCGGCGGGCGAGAGAGGGCUGUCCUCGGCGGGGCCAUGGGGACGCGCGCCCUGACAGUGCCUGGGUGAGAGGGGCAGCGCCAGCCACUCCGCCGCCUCCACCAUCACCUCCUGCACUCCGCUCACCGCCGGCCGCCAGCCCCAGCCUCCGACUGUCUCUCCCCCCCCUCCCUCCCUCCCAGCCUCUCUCUCUGCAUUAUUGUUUCCCACUCUACAGAGGAUGGGGUCGGCUGAUGAUUAGGUCGGAAGCAAGUCAUAUCUUCCUCCAAAGCCUGGUAAUAUUUAUGUAGGCAAAACGAGAGAGAGAGAGAGAAGAGGGAGAGAGAAAGAGGGAGAGAGGGAGAGGGAGAGGGAGAGAGAAGAAACGGGAGGAGGGGAUAAGGAAAUUAAACCCUUUAAGUCAAUGCAUAUCGUGGUGACACCGGCACAGGAGCCCUCACGGUGGAGUCGGCCAGGGCUGUGCGUUCCCAAAAUAUGACCAGGGGUGCUUGGAUGUGUCGGCAGUAUGACGACGGGUUAAAAAUCUGGUUGGCGGCACCCCGGGAGAACGAGAAACCGUUCAUCGAUUCAGAGAGGGCUCAGAAAUGGCGACUGUCUCUGGCAUCUCUCUUGUUUUUCACAGUCCUGCUCUCUGAUCACUUGUGGUUCUGCGCCGAGGCCAAGCUGACCCGGACCCGGGACAAGGAGCAGCAGCAGCAGCAGCAGCGGCAGCAGCGGCAGCGGCAGCAGCAGCAGCAGCGGCAGCAACGGCAGGAGCCCUCCUGGCCCGCGCUCCUGGCGAGCAUGGGGGAGUCCUCGCCCGCCGCCCAGGCGCACAGACUCCUCGCCGCCUCCUCGUCCCCCACCCUGCCCCCCUCCCCGGGAGACGGCGGCGGCGGCAAGGGCAGCCGAGGCAGAAACAACCGGGGCAAGGCUUUUAUUCUGGGCAACUCUGCCAAGCCCGUGUGGCGCCUGGAGACCUGUUACCCCCAGGGCGCCUCCUCGGGCCAGUGCUUCACGGUGGAGAGCGCGGACGCCGUGUGCGCCGGGAACUGGAGUCGGGGGCUGGCGGCCGCGGGGGAGGAGCAGCAGGUGAGGGGCACGCAUCCAACUCCGCUCUGGAACUUGUCGGAUUUUUACCUUUCAUUUUGUAAUUCCUACACACUUUGGGAGUUGUUCUCGGGGUUGUCCAGUCCCAACACUUUGAACUGUAGUCUGGAUGUGGUGCUCAAGGAGGGCGGUGAGAUGACCACUUGCAGGCAGUGCGUCGAGGCUUACCAAGACUACGACCACCACGCUCAGGAGAAAUACGAAGAGUUUGAAAGCGUGCUCCAUAAGUACUUACAAUCGGAGGAGUACUCGGUGAAAUCGUGUCCUGAGGACUGUAAGAUUGUCUACAAAGCCUGGCUGUGUUCCCAGUAUUUUGAAGUCGCACAGCUGAACUGCAGAAAGACAAUUCCUUGCAAGCAAUACUGUUUGGAGGUUCAGACGAGGUGUCCGUUCAUAUUGCCCGACAAUGAUGAAGUUAUCUACGGGGGACUCUCCAGUUUCAUCUGUACAGGGCUCUACGAAACCUUUCUAACCAAUGAUGAACCAGAAUGCUGUGACGUCAGGAGAGAGGCAAAAUCCAACACCCCCUCCAAGGGGACGGUGGACAGAGGCGGCUCCUGUCCCAGGACGUCGCUGCCAGCUUCAGCAGCGCCCAGGCUGGGCCCCGGCAGACUCAGACUGUGUGUCCUCAUGCUGAUGCUCCUUCACACAGUUCUCACGGCCUCGGUGGCGCAGAACGCCACGGCGCUGGGCGUCGGGGGCGUCCACGCACUUGACGAGCGCUCGGCCAGCAAGGAGUAGGGAUGCUGGACCCUGGAGCGUGCCUGCCGCCCUGGCCACCGGCGUCACGGCCUGGGUGCUCCGACCGCACAUCACUUUGUGCAGGGCCUGGAGGGCAAAACUGGAAAAGAGGGGCCUGAAUCCAAACAAGGACACACACACACAGCUUUUUAUGGACUAAAAGGCUGGAAAGUGACUUCAGUUUCUCACACCAUUUUAUACACUGUGUUUUAAUGUUUGGAGGUUUUCUUUGCUUUCCUUUUGAUUUGGGUUUAUCUGUUUGUUUUGUUUUUGCACUUGUUAAUACAGGAUUUAUUUGGGGGGAUGGUUUCUCAGAGGUAAACUAAGUCCUUUCACUGUCGCUCUCUCUAUAUAUAUUUCUAGUCAUUGUGUGUGCUCCUCAGAUAGUUCUGUCUCAUGUCCUGUCAGUUUCUAUUAGCGGAAUGACGGCUAUGACCUCGCGGUAUAGCAAACAACAACAACACACACACAAAAAAAAAUCAUAAAAAAAUAAAAAAGACAAAAAAAAGAAAACAACAAAAAAAUAAAAAUAAAAAAACUCCCUGACUCUCCCUCCUGCCUCUGGAACCCACACCCCUCCCAGCCUGCCCACCCCGGGCCUUCCCCGCCCACAGCAGACGACAUCCGCUUGCUUCUGUCCUUGUCGCAGCUGCCGUGAGUGGGCGUAGUGCACGCUCCGCUGGGCCCCUGAGCCACUGCUGCACAAACCUGCAAGGGAGCAGAACCAGGGGGGCCCUUUCUAGCUGAACAAACAAGUGCUCUCCAUAACAGGUGGGGUCAGACAGUUAGCACAUCUUUACGUUGAAAAUAAAACAAAAGCAAAGAAAACUACCGUGAACUCAGUUGGUCCAGCUCCCCCUUCCAAGGGCCCAGGCCUUCCUCACUGGUCGGGUGGCUGGAAGCAGCCGCCCAGAAUGGGGGUGUGAGGAGGUAGGGAGUCCUGCCCUGAAGCCGCAGGUGGCUGGGCUUUCGCUGGGAUUUCAGUUCUGUUGCAGGACUACACGAGCACCUUUUGGCCAUUGUUACAGGAAUAGGAUUCUGAGGACCCAAAUCUGGACUUCUUUUUCCUCCUUUACCAUUGUGGAGGGUUAGCAGACGUGCUCAGACACCUGCAGCAUACAGAAUCUCGACCAUUUCACCCCAAUAUUUCUCCCUCAUACAGUUUUUAAUUACUCCAGGUAUAAAGUGUAUGCAAUUCUGCAUUAUCAAAAAGAACUUUUCAAACACUAGGUUAGCCAUUUUCAUUCAAGUACAGAAACGUUACCACUCUCACAUGCUCUAGAUAGUUGAAGACAAGAGGAGAAAUCGGAUCGCUCUGUUUGUAUUUUUUCUUUUUGUGGGAACAUUUUACCUGCUGAGUGUCUAUGAAUUUGCUUUCUAAAAAAAAAAAAAAAAAAAAAAAAAAAAGGCUUUUAUGAGUUUACAGUAGAAUCAGUGGAAGGAAGAGUUAAUAAGGGCUGUUUUUAAAACAAACAAACAAAACAAAUAAUUUUAAAAGAACCACUUCACAUUCUUUACUAUUCUCUAACUACACUCGGGAACUGCAUUUCAGGGAUGAUUGCUGUAUAGCUGGCAGAUGAAGGAAAACCAUGGAAAAGGUCCUCUUAGCGAACAAAAUUUAGUUCUUAACUUUCUAGCUAUGAAAUUCCCCCAGGCAUUUGUUUUUGUUGAAACAAAACUUCAAUCUCUGCAUCAUACCUAACUCGGCGACACGCGUUACAGUUAUGCAUAUUUUGUUUUGAAUAAAAAAAUAAAAAAACUGUUUUGUUCCAGUCUGUUAAGAAUAUUCAAAAUAAUAAAGGUAUUGCUUAGUAAAAUUGCUAGAAUUGUUUAGCAGUACAUGCACAAAUAUUUUACUAGAUUCUUUGUUUUAGUAGUGUUUUGUUGAGACUGAAAAUCCUAAAAUGGUCUGC